CGGCGCGUCGUCAUCCUGGGCGGGAUCCUCUCCUCUCUGGGGAUGCUCCUCGCUUCCUUCUCCACCGGACUCUACCAACUCUACCUCAGCAUAGGGGUCGUGUCAGGUCUCGGCUGGGCGUUGAUAUUCUCCCCCUCCAUGGCGGCGGUGACCUCCCACUUCUCGCGCAGGAGGACUCUGGCCACGGGCUUUGUGCUGACGGGCUGCGGGGUCUUCUCCUUCGCGCUGACGCCCCUCCUGCAGUUCCUGGUGGAGACGUUCUCCUGGCGGGGCGCCAUGCUCCUGCUCUCCGCCGUCACCCUUCAUUCGGUGCCUUGCGGGGCCCUCCUGCGUCCGCUCAGCUCGGGGCCCCCCCAGCCUCAGCGCUCCUUCCUGUGGGGGUGGGAGCUGCUCCGUGAUUGGUCCUUCAUGCGGUACUGCCUGGCCAUCACCCUCAUCAACGCCGCCUACUUUGUGCCCUACCUCCACCUGGUGGCCCACAUGCGGCUGAGGGGGGUGGGGGAGCGCCUGGCCGCGGUGCUGAUGUCCCUGGUGGGCGUGGCCGACGUGGCGGGACGCCUGUUCGCCGGUUGGCUGGCCGAUCUCACCCCGAAACGCGUCCUGCUCCACCUCAGCUUCUGGACCGGACUGACCGCCCUGGUCCUGGGGCUCCUCCCACUGGCGGGUAAUGAGGUGGGGAUGGGCGUGGCCGCCGUGGCCUAUGGAUUUAGCGCUGGGGCCCUGACCCCCGGCGUCUUCUCCUGCCUGCCCCUGGUGGUGGGAACGGAGAAGGUUCUCCCUGCACUGGGACUGCUGCAGAUGGUGGAGAGUGGUGAUGAUGUCACCACUCCCCGUAUCUCUCCUCCAGGCUGGCUCCGGGAUUGGACGGGAGAUUUCUCCAUCUCCUUCAUCAUCUGUGGCGUCUUCCUCAUCCUCGGAGCCAUCAUCAUCCUCACCCUCCCCGGAGCCCUCUGCAGGCGCAGCCAAUCAGAGAGCAGGAUUCCACAAAGCGCCAACGGACCGGCGGCCAAAGAGAGACUGAUCGUGACCAAUGGCACCAGCUGGGCGGGGCAUCCAUCGCUGGUGGAAUAUAGGGGCGGAGCCAAUCUACCUCCAUAUGUCAUGUCUUCAUCAGAGCUCAGGGAACCGUGCCUUAGUACAGCCGGCACUGGCCCCGCCCCCUGCGCUGUGACAUCAUCACACACCGCUAACACUGAGCUCCCAUGUCAUCAAUAA